AAUGCCCAUUUCUCUCUCUCUCUCUCUCUCACACACACACAGACACACAAAUAAAUUAGUAAAUAAAUAAGUAAAACUUGGAUCUGCAUCCGGGCCCACAGUCAUGAAGAUGGCAACCCACAUGACUUUGGCUUGGUUUACCACAUUCCUGUCACUGAUGAUAUUCCAGAGGGAAGUGGAGAUCCUAAUGCUCCUCAGUGGCAUCCUGACGAUGAAGAGCCGCAGGUCCAUCACUGUGGAGCAGCAUGUGGGCCACGUCUUCAUGUUUCAUGACGUGGCCAGUGCAAUUCUUUUCUUACGUCCAGGUGUUUGCGUGGGUCAGCAGCACAUCACGCUCGGUGCUGUUCCUGACGACCUGCCAGCCCCUCUGUAUAUGGGUCCUGAGUACAUCAAGCACUUCAGUGAUAAAACCAUGGAUGAAGAACUGGAAUGGGACAAGAGAGUCACUUGGCUUGUGGAGUUCUUUGCCAAUCGGUCUAAUGACUGCCAAUCAUUUGCUCCUAUUUACGCUGACCUCUCCCUCAGGUACAACUUUACAGGGCUAACUUUUGGGAAGGUGGAUGAUGGAUGCUACGCUGAUGUUAGUACAAGGUACAAAGUAAGCACGUCACCCCUCAUCAAGCAACUCCCUACCCUGAUCCUGUUCCAAGGUGGCAAGGAGGUAAUGCAGAUUGACAAGAAAGGACGAGCUGUCUCUUGGACCUGCUCUGAGGAGAAUGUGAUUCGGGAACUCAACUUGAAUGAGUUAUACCAAAGAGCCAAGAAGCUAUCAAAAGGUGGAGAUAAAAUCCAAGAGGAGCAGCCAGUGGAGAAGGAGCAAAGCAACAAGGACAAAUAGGGGCCCCACCUUGACAUUGCUUGCUCCCCUGUCAAUGCCAUCUUAGAGGCCAUGCCCCUGCUGUUACCACAGCUGGUCUAGAGGCUCUGAGCCUGGGUGAGGCCUGACCCUGCUUCUGAUUUUGAAGAGUCAUUCUCCUGGGAAUCAUCAAGCACUCUACUGCAAGGCCUGAUCCACCCUGGCCAACUGUUUCUCUGAGGGAGAAAUUUCAUAUGAUGGAAGUGUGAAAUGGUCCUUUAAACGUUGAGUUGAAGGACUCAGGAACCAGAUGGACGCCAUGACAGGC